AUGGCGACAAUGAGCACAUCCACGUCGUCUGAGGACAGUCAGAAUCCACAGCCAGCCCUGCUAUACGAGAACGUACCGAUUGCUCGAACCACAACGACCAUUCCACUCGGAUUGUCCAUUGCUCCCGUCAACAACGGCAAUAACCUCAGUCCCAUCAGUCCCGGCCAUCGACGUGUCUUCGAUGUCGCACCUUCCAACAUUACGAACCGCAAGCGCCGCAUCGCAGUCACAACCCUCAUCAUCGUGGCAAAUCUGAUGCAGAUGGUGUCUAACGGUGUUGGUCUCUUUGGCGGGCUCGCUAUAGCCAAAAAGCUCGGUGUCACCGGUGUCCACGCCAACUGGAUAGCGGCUUCUUACCCGUACCUAAGCACGACACGUCAUGUCGAUAUCAGCUAA